GUAAAAUUCAAAUUAUCCAACAGAUUCAUUGAGCAACAUUGCCCCCUAGCUCUCAAAAUUCUGUUGCCUAGUGACAUGAUGGAACAAGUAAUGGAGGUGGUUACCAAGGUAACAAUCAGAUUGGCGACUACAAGAGUCAUGAAAUGGAUAAGUACACAAAUACCAGGUGCAAUGCAUGCCGAGCUAUCAUCAACUUUAUCCAAGAUGACAAAGUCAUUAAGUAAAGACAAUCAAAAACAGAAGCUUGUUAUUAUUCCUCCUACGCAGCAUAAUCUCGCGUCGUACAGCCCAUCUGAGAUUAUCGACAGACUCAAGACAAUGAUGCGUAAGCUCACUAGCAAUAUCCUAGUAACGUUUGUAGAGGUACAAGAAGAAGUAAAUUUUGUGAAAAAAACACUUGCAACAAGACAGGUAAGAAAUUAAUCCAUCUAAUAGGAAGGACAAGAAU